GGGAGUAUUUCUCAGCGGGCACGCGCCCCCCACUCUGGUAAUCUGCCCAGAGUGGGCUCAACUACUGUGCGUUGCGUAUGAGCUCUCUCUACUUCUCACAUGGAGGGCGUUUUGACAGCGAAAAUAAAGCAAGCAACUGUACUCUGGUUUGAGGGGUUCAGGGAGGCCUGUUGUCUUCAUAGAGUCCUCGUCUUUUGUCUCAGGUCAAGAAAACUUUUGAUCCGAACGGGACAGUGCUUUCUCUUAAAUGGUUUGAUUUUUCUGGGAAGUAUCUUUGUUCUAAAGUCAGUUGUCAUCCCAACGCUGCAAUGGAUAUUACCUGAUCAGUGGCCACAAAUUAGCUCUCAAGAAUCAUACUCUUGUGGUGGUAUUUUGAAAUUUUAUUCCUUUCUACAUGUUGGGCUUGUACAACUCUUUUAUAUAUUUUGGUUCUAUCCAUUGUACAUAUUCAGCUUUAUCUUGAGCAAUAUCUGGUACAUUGACAUUGCUAAAUAUGGUUUUGUUGCGAUGGGUAAAUUUGGGCCAUCUAUGGCAGAAACCGUAGGCCGAAAGGAGUCAUUGAACACACAGAGAAUUGCCCACGUAGUUAAACCUGCGGGCCUUGGGGGUGUUAUAUUUGGUAUGGCAGAACAAGUCUAUUCAGUCCUACUCUUAAGCUUCUUCUUCGUAGAGGUUUAUGCGACAGGAUUCAUACCCUAUAUUGGGAAGGCACUCAAUUUUCUGCUUCUUUCCUGGAUGUAUGCCUAUUAUUGUUUCGAGUACAAGUGGAAUCUUACUGAAAUGGGCUUGGACAGAAGGCUGGACUUCUUUGAAUCCAACUGGUCAUUUUUUUUAGGUUUUGGUAAUCCUUGUGUUCUGGCUAUUUUCUUUUUCUCUCCACUUGUGAGCUAUGGGGUUAUGGCCAUGCUCUUUCCACUGCAACAGGCUCUGAGGCUGAAAACGUUAUUGCUUCUCAAAGAAGAAAAUGUGAAGGUGCUGAAUUGGGCAGGCUUCCAAUAUUUUAUGCAGCCAAUACUUUAUCGUAAAUUCAAAAGGCACAAUAGAACCAACGAUAUUUCCACUUUUGUACAACCAGGGAAACGUACUUGUCUGCCUAUAUCAGAUUCCAUUCUGUGGAUCGUUGAUGGUCAUUUUCUGUGCAUCGUGUUCCUAAUCCUUCUGCUGAUCAAUUACCCGAAUCAUUCAACAAUCCCGAUGCGGAUCUUGUCUUUCUUCCCCUUGGAACCUCAAGAUCGGGAGCAGGAUAAUAAGAAUCUCUGAGGAGUCUUGCCAUAUUUUGCCAUAAGCUAUUCCACGGUAGAAGUUGUUGGUAGUUCUUAAAGCGAUGCUACUGAAUCUCUGGCUCAUGUAUGUACCUGGUGCCCUGGUUCAUCUUUAUCAUCAUUUUAACAGGAUGCUCAUGCUGGUCCCAUACUAUGGAGUUCUGCAUGAUGUUUAGACAAAUUAUGUGCGACCUAGAACUAAAAUGAAGACCACGCCUCAAGGUAAAUUAUGUAUAGAGAACGCAAAUGUAAUUAAAAGUUCAAAUUUACAGCAGCAAGACACCUGAUUAAGUUUAAAUACUAUUAAAUUGUUCUAUGAUUAUACACAUAAAAUACAUGAUGACGUUUCUGGACUC